AUGUCUACUAUAACUUCUACCGAGCCAGCACCAGCUAGUGCUACCUAUGUCAAUCCAACUCCUACUACCAUUAAGGUAAAUUUAGUGUGUGAAGACAGAGACACAGCCAAAAAAUGUCUCUUCAAGGAUUUAAAAGCUCCCUUGCAAUCUGAUAACACAAUCAAGGUUCUAGACCUGAUAGAAAAAAAUAUUAGCCUUCAAUAUUUCCUCAAUAACUGUAUGAUAUUCUAGCCUUCUGAUGAUGAUAUGGAUAUCAUGAUAGGUUUUUACCCAUCAGAAGAAAUUCAAAACUAGUACUUAUCUAUUGAUUCCAAAAUCAAUAUCACAUUAAAGUUUGAAAAAAUACGCACUCCUUCAAGCGAAUCUAAGAAAGAAGAAAAUUUAUCAGCUCAAGUAAAUUAAAAUCAAAUUUCUAACAAUAAAAAUACAAAUAACAAUAACAAUAUAAAUAACAACCUCCAUAUUAGCAAUAAUAAAACCAGCCAAAGUUCCGAGUCCCAUAUUAUUUCUUAAUUAAAGGCCUCUUCCUCUGUCAAUGACAAUACACCUUCUUCUCACCCCAACAAUAUUUCAUCACCAAAAUCAUAAAACGUCAGCCAAAAUUUAAAUAACACACAAGAAAAUUGCUAAAAACCUGAAGCAAAUACUGCCAUUUCUACUGGUGGAGCCAUUACUAACAAUACAUCUUCUCAAAUAAUAUUUGGUAAGGCAGCCACUGCUUCUCAAUUGAGCAACGAAGACUUAAACAACAAUGAUUCUCUUACAAUGAGUUCUCAUUCUUUGAAUAUGGAAUCAGAAGGAUGCUCUUAACAGCUUGAGCCAUCAGCCGUUUCAAAUCCAAAUAAUAAUUUAAACGAUAAUAACACUUCUGAUAAAGCCUAAUAAAACGACAAUAAAAAAGUUAAAGCUGAUUCGAACUUGUCUGCAACUAACAGUUAAAAAGGAUUUAAAUUAAACCGUAAACGCAAAGUAUCUGAAACCCUCGAGCAUUGCAGUGAAAGCUGUAGCAAUCACAAUGAAUCCAAGGAUUUAUCACCCUGCACUUCAUUCACUGAAAAUGAUGUCCCUAAAAUGAAAAAGCAUUAAUCAGCAAUUACAAAUGAUCCAACAUUAUCAGAAGCUGGUGAAACCAACAAUUGCUUCACUAACUCAAUGAACUUAAGCUUAAGUGGAAAGUUACCAAUUAAUCUUUAUGGUCAAUCAGGCUUAAAUAUUGGUACUCACAACUCUAAUUUCCAUGCAUAUAAUCCUCUCUCUAACAUAACUAACAGCAGCAUCAAUAACAACUCUGGUUUCUCUACCUAGGGCAACUGUGGAGGUAAACAAAUAGAAGGUUCAAACAUUAGCAGCUUCUAGUACAUGAAUAAUCAAUUACAUUAGUAAGGAGGUGCUAACUCUGCCAACAGCAAUAGUAAUAAUAACAAUAAUAAUAUGAAUAGAUAAUCUCGUAAUAAAGAAAGAACUAUUAGAGAAGCUAUUGAAAUGGUCACUAAGUGGAGAGACCUGCAAGAAGAGUACAGACAAAAGCACUAAGUUAAAGGUUUACAAGAAGUUGCUGAUGAGCUAAACAUUUCUAAAAAGGUUUUAGAUUAUUAUUUCUAAGAAUUAAGAACUGCUGAGUUCUUUGGAUUUGAUUUUGAUAGCAAUCUUGGUAACAAGAUGGGAGUAUUACGUAAAUACAUUGAUGAAUAAAAGAAGAACCACGAAUAAAAAAACAAGAAUUUUAAGAUUACUCGUAAUCUCUAAUUCAAGUACAGACUAAAAGAUUACCAAAGCACUUCAUUUUUAUCAAACAGUUCAUCAUUAAAUAUCAAUAACAGUGCCAACAAUAUGGGUAGCAAUAACGCUAACAAUAACAACGAUGCCUUAUCUUCUACUUCUUCUUAAAAGAGCAAGGAAAAAUUCUAAUAAAAGUAAUCAUCUAAAAUGGAAUAAAUUACCAGUCUUCUUUCUUCCUCAGUGUCAAACGGUAAUGUGAAAGUUGAAGAAAUGGUUAUUGAAAACGAAAAUAACUUUAACUUUCCAUCAUCUUUGGUAACAAAUAGUAAUAAUAACAAUAAUAGCAUCAACAUUUCAGGUAUUGCUACAGCUAAUUCCUCUUCCACUGCUACUUCAAAUGAUUUCUAAAAACUUUUAUCAAAGAACUCUCCUAACUUUUUAUAAUUUUUAAAUAACUCUUAAACUUGCACAGCAAACAGUAAUGCUAACACUUUCCCAUCAACUGCAUCAUCAAGCAGCUUUAACAAUAGCAGCAGCGCCUAAUUGAAUGCUAAUCAUUAAAAUACAGCUUAAUCAAGUCUUAGUUUCCUCUCAAAUUUGACAAAUUCCGCUUCUGGUUUUUCAAUAAAUCCUUCAAUUAACAGUGAAACAACAACUAAAAAAUAGUAAACUUUGACCUAAUCACAACAAUAAAACUAAACAAACUCUGGAGAUAAAAAUUUAUAAUUUUUGGAUAUGCUCUUUUUUGGUAAUGAUAAAAACAGCAACAGCAAUAGCAACAAUAUCAAUAAUCCAAAUUCAUAAAUGGAUACCUUAAUCUCUUUACUUAAAAUGAUAUCUCAAAACGAUGAACCCAGUAAUGCCGAUUUAGCCAUGCCAUAAUUUUAAAAAUCUCAUUCAGCAUCUUCUUCCCUCUUAAGCAAUAAAUUUUCAGAUGAAGACUUCCUCAAUAAAAAGAAAAUUGCAGUCAUUCAAAUUAGAAAACAAGAUGAAUGA